AUGCCUUCCAAGUUCACCGAAAUACUUGACUCUGGGUUCCAGUCCACAUCUCCUCAGGAUGAUGUGCGACUCGAGGACAUCAUCGGUUGCGCCACCCUACCUCCUCGCGGCCGAACCUCUUCCGAGACCAGCUCAAGGAGCGCCAGUUCGUCGAGUAAUGAAGGGACGGAAGAAAAGAGUAGGAAGAGGUUGUCCCGGCUGUUAAUCGUCAAGCGGUGA